UGAGUUUGCGUUUGGGUCCUCUCCUGCCUGCCACACAGCCCAAACAUGACAGUAGAUCGCGACCAGUACAUGGACCCUCAGCUGCGUGAGCGUCAGGAUGCUGCCUUUGCCGAGCUGGAGGAGGAGCUCCGCUUGAGGCCGUGGCACACUCCUGAAUACGGGCAGAUUUUCCGAGGAACUCGGCUGGCUCUCGGUGGUCCCCGGAGCUGCCGAAAGCCCCCACCUGUGGCUUCACCUGCACCCAAGUUGCGGCCGCUUCAGGUGGGAAUUCUCUGCGUCUCUUCAGAUGCCCACGCUCCAGCCUCGGUGUCGCCAUUCUGCAUGCCGGAGGCUCAGCCGUUUUCUCCGCCCGCUUCCCCUUCCCGAAGGAAGCGGCGCACACGCCGCCAUAAACUGGACAAUGUUAAGCGACUCCCGGUGGGCAGCUCGGGCCCGGCUUUUCUCUGCACCCGUUUCAGUUCCACGAGUGGGGAAAGCAGAGGUUCAGCUGGUCCCUACUCCGGCUCCCAGGCCGGCUGAGGCUCUGUCGCUCCCUGCACCCGUAUCCGCUCCUCGGGUGCGGACGGCAGCUGCCCAGCCGCUGCAGGUGCCUGUUCCAGCCCCUGGGGUGAGGGCAGCCGUCACUCAGCUUCCUCCUGCACCUGUACCCACUCCUCGGGUGGGAGUGGCUGGUGUCCAGUCCGCCAUAUCACCAGUGCCGGUCCCUGAGGUGAGGCCAGCCAGUACACAGCCUACCUCUGCACCUGUACCUACUCCUCAGGUGGGAGCGGCUCGUGUCUGGCAGAUGCCUGCACCCGCUCCUGUGUCCACCGUAAGCUCAAGCGAGUCUGUCCAGCCAUAUUCUUCAUGUUCAGAAGGCUCAGAAGAGUUAGCUCAGCCACUGUCCCAACUAUCAUCAGUUCAACAGCCACUACAACAUGUAUUACAGUCCCUUGCUCAGUUCUUAGCCCAGUCUCCUGCGUCCCCCGCUCUACUCCAGUCUCCUGCGUCCCCCGCUCUACUCCAGUCUCCUGCGUCCCCCGCUCUACUCCAGUCUCCUGCGUCCCCCGCUCUACUCCAGUCUCCUGCGUCCCCCGCUCUACUCCAGUCUCACCACCACCGUUACUACAGACAUCAGUUCAGUCCCCUGUGCCAGUGCAGACGCUCUCAGUUCAGUCUCCCGUGCAGUCAUCUACUUCACCACCAUUAGUAGCCCAGCACCCCGUGUCUCCAGUAGGCCAGUCUUCUGGUCAGCUUAACAUUCAGCCAGGGGUCCCAAUACCCUCUGGCUCUACAUCAGCUCCUGCUGGAAGCUCAGAUGAGCCCGGCCAGCACUUCCUCGUCUCCACUGGGGGUUCUGAGCCCAGCCAGCAGCCUGCCUAAUCAGCUGGAGGGCCCAAGGAGCCCGUCCAGCCACCAGCAGCUUCAUCCUCCUCGUCUGGUCCGGCCUCCGAGCCUUCAUCCUCCUCAUCUGGUCCGGGGGGUACUGUCAGGGUCCUGGGUCUCCUGACGCAGCGUGUUUAGUUCUUUGAUUUUUGCAUUAUUGUACUUGUGAGUUAUUCUAUGGUUUCUAGUUUUGAUCCCUUGUCCUUCAUGUUUCUCUGUGUCCCCUCUGUUCUGUAAGUCUGUGUCUGCAUGUCUGAGUUUCCCUCUGUGGCUUUCGGUUCUUAGAGCCCUCUGCCUUAUGGUUUACGUCUGUUUCUUAGUUGCUGUCUCCAACGUGUCAAGUUCGCGUCUGUGUCUUACUUCCUGUUUUACUUUGAAGGUCCAUGUCUCCUGUGAGUGUUUCCUACUUUGCUCCCUCGUCUCGUCAGUUCUGAUUUCUCCCAGCUGUGCUCCCCUUCUGUGUCUCAUUCCCCUCGUUAUUUCCCAGUGUAUUUAAGGCCUGUGUUUCCCUGUGUCAGUGUUGCGAUCUCCCUCAUGCUGUGUGU